AUGGUCACCAGCGACAUGAGCUUGUGGAACACCCGCAAGUCGCGGAUGCGCAUGAUCCACGAAGGUGAUCCUGAGCCCCGCUCGAUCAUCGACAUCAACAUGGGCUGCCCGGCCAAGAAGGUCUGCAACAAGGCCGCCGGUUCCGCGCUGUUGAAAGAUGAGCAGUUGGUUGCCGAGAUCCUGCGGGCCGUUGUCGCCGCAGUCGAUGUGCCGGUCACCCUGAAGAUCCGUACCGGCUGGGACCGGGACAACAAGAACGGCCUGACGGUGGCGAAGAUCGCCGAACAGGCAGGAAUUACAGCGCUGGCGGUAUGGCCGCACCCGCGCCGACCUUACACCGGUGAAGCCGAGUACGACACCAUCGCUGCGAUCAAGCAGGCGGUGUCGAUGGGUGUUUGCCAAUGGCGACAUCGAUUCAGCCGAGAAAGCCCGGCGCGUGCUGCACGCCACCGGCGCCGAUGGUUUGUUGAUUGGCCGGGCCGCCCAGGGCGGCCGUGGAUUUUCCGUGAGAUCGAGCAUUUUCUGCGUACCGGUGAAGUGCUGCCGGCACCGGAGUUGGUCGAGGUGGAACGUAUUCUGCUAGAGCAUCUGGCCGCCCUGCACGCCUUCUAUGGAGACGUGAUGGAGUACGCAUUGCUCGCAAGCAUGUCGGCUGGUAUCUCGCAACCUGCCGGGCGCCAGGGAGUUUCGCGCCCACUUCAAUCGUUUGGAUGA